GGCAAACAGUUUUCAGCGCGCAGCGCCCAAGUGAAGUUCGUGGCAGCGCCUAAAAUUCAGCAGGAAGGAAAACCACCACCGCCGCACCACUAAAAGCACAACAACGACCAUUUAAAGAGCCAAAAAUAAAAGGAAAACAAAUCCUCAACCACAACAAAGACAAACUGAUUUUCGGUGCAUUGCUCUGCGAUUCGCGUAGCAGUAGGAAUCCAAUCCUCUUUCGUGUGCAGUGAAGCGCGGCCUUUAUUUUCGACACUUUCAAGCUCCCCAGUCCCCCACUCCGCCCCACGAAAACAUCGAGAGUGUGCUGUUAGCGUUGCCCCAUCGUCAGGAAACCAUACAGCCACACAGAGGAGGACAGGCCGGGUGGACAACGCGUGAGAUGUUCAUUGCAGCAGCCGCCUGGAGCUGCACUGCUGCUUCAUGGCGCCUGCUGAGCGCCGGGCUGCUAGCCCUCUCCCUGCUCCAACUGGCCGUUGAGACGGGUGCCGGAUCGAGCGGCGGAUUGGGCAAUCAGGCCGUGUUCACUAGCUCGUUCCUGGUGCGCUUCCGGCGCAACGUUGAGAAUGACUUCGCCCACCAGGUGGCCGACAAAUAUGGCUUCGACAAUCUGGGGCCGCUGGUCGGCGCCGACGGACACGAGUAUCAUUUCAAGCACCGGACCCUGCCGCAUGCCCGCUCCAGACGCAGUUUGACGCACACGCGUGCCCUCAAGAGCCAUCCCUCGGUACACACGGCUGUGCAACAACCCGGAUUCAAGCGCGUCAAGCGGGGACUGCGACCGGCAGUGCCUGCCAUUCAUGGCAUGAAAUUCGAUUUGAAGCAGGGGGAGGCCAACCGCAUCGAGGAGGAGCCCACGGACCCCUACUUCCCCAUGCAAUGGUACCUGAAGAACACCGGCCAGAACGGGGGCAAGGUGCGACUCGACCUGAAUGUGCAGGCGGCCUGGGCCCAGGGCAUAACCGGAAAGAAUGUGACCACGGCAAUCAUGGAUGAUGGUGUGGACUACAUGCAUCCGGACCUGAAAUUUAAUUAUAAUGCCGAGGCCAGCUAUGACUUCAGCAGCAAUGAUCCCUUUCCCUACCCACGUUACACUGACGACUGGUUUAACAGUCAUGGAACCCGUUGUGCCGGCGAGGUGGCUGCUGCCAGAGAUAAUGGAAUUUGCGGUGUCGGCGUUGCUUAUGACAGCAAAAUCGCAGGCAUACGCAUGCUGGAUCAGCCGUAUAUGACGGAUCUAAUCGAGGCCAACUCCAUGGGCCAUGAGCCGCACAAAAUCCAUAUCUACAGCGCCUCCUGGGGCCCCACGGACGAUGGCAAAACGGUCGACGGUCCCCGGAAUGCCACCAUGAGGGCGAUUGUCCAGGGCGUCAAUGAGGGUCGAAAUGGUCUGGGCAACAUCUAUGUCUGGGCAUCGGGCGAUGGUGGCGAGGAGGACGACUGCAACUGUGAUGGCUAUGCCGCCUCCAUGUGGACGAUUUCCAUUAACAGCGCCAUUAACGACGGCCAGAACGCUCACUACGACGAGAGCUGCAGCUCCACGCUGGCAUCCACGUUCAGCAACGGUGCCAAGGACCCCAACACGGGCGUUGCCACCACUGACCUGUACGGCAAGUGUACGACCACUCACUCGGGCACCAGUGCGGCGGCGCCCGAAGCAGCGGGCGUCUUUGCUUUGGCCUUGGAGGCAAACCCACAACUCACUUGGCGCGACAUCCAGCAUCUGACGGUACUGACAUCGAAGCGCAACUCUCUGUUCGAUGCCAAGAACCGCUUCCACUGGACAAUGAACGGCGUGGGCCUGGAGUUCAACCACCUCUUCGGGUUCGGCGUGCUCGAUGCUGGUGCAAUGGUGACGCUCUCUAAGCAAUGGCAUGCAGUGCCACCGCGCUACCAUUGCGAGGCGGGCGCGAUAACCCAAUCGCAGGCAAUUAUCAUGGGUCGCUCACUGUUCUGGGACAUUAAGACCGAUGCCUGCAAGGGCACUGACACGGAGGUCAACUACUUGGAGCACGUUCAGGCUGUGAUCUCGGCGAAUUCUACGCGACGCGGCGAUCUGGAACUCUUCCUUACAUCUCCCAUGGGCACCAAAUCAAUGAUCCUGUCGCGUCGCGCCAAUGAUGAUGACCAUCGCGAUGGCUUCACCAAGUGGCCCUUCAUGACCACUCAUUCCUGGGGCGAGUAUCCGCAGGGAACCUGGAAGCUAGAGGCACGUUUCAAUUCCCCUCAAACCCGACAUGGUAAUCUGCUGGAAUGGUCUCUCGUGCUGCAUGGCACCAAGGAGGCGCCCUAUCGCACUCUGCACCCAUCCUCGCCGCACUCGAAGCUGGCCAUCGUGAAGAAGGCCCACGAGGACAAGAAGAUGAAGUAGGGUGGGUCUCCAUCCGCCAGGUCCGUAGCGACUACCAUUAGGCAGCUUGGCGUUUUAUCAACGAGUGUAGAGAGAGAGAGAGAGAGAGAGAGAGAGAGAGAGAGAGCGAGGUUCAAUAAAAGUGCUGGCUGUGUUUUAUUUUGGAAUAGGAUUGAUUGAGAUUAAACUAUUGAUUUCUCUGCGUAUCUCUAAUUUGAUUUUCCUUCUUGCAGUUUUCGUGUUUGCUUUGCUGAACUGAAAGUUCAUGUUUCCAUAGAAAGUCUCUAAUGUUUUGUUAUCUUAAAAAUAUUAGUUGACUGAUUCUGUUGAGCUAGCGCACAGGGUGCCAUGGUCCAUUCCAGUACUUUUAUCUAUUCUUCUUUUCUGGAACUUGCAAAGCGCACAGUAGAAAAUCUAUUAAAUAAACUAGGCUCAAGCAGAAGAUCAGAGCAAAACUCCUUUUUGAAUAUCAGAGAGACAAGCCACAAUGAGAAACAGGUAUAGCAGUAUAUAAUAUAUACAUACAUAUAUAUAUAUAUACAUAUAUAUAUAUAGCUGAGAGAUCGAGGAAGGAGUAAAAGAAGUAUAUAGCAUAAUAAAACGAAACAAAGAAAACUAAAGAAAAAACAAAAAACGAAACGAAAACCCUAUGUAAAUGUGUAAUAUCUAUAUGUAUACAUACCCUAAUUCUAGCUGUGUACUAUGCUGUUAGAGUCCUUCUAUAUUUAUCUAGUAUGAAAUACGAGUGUUUACACAUAUUUUAAAGCUGCGUAUUUUGUUUUUCCCAUUACGUGUAUACAAAUAUACGAGUAUAUACCCAAACGCAUAUACAUAUUUACCUAAAGAUCUAUCUAAAUCUUAGCUAAAACAUAAAAUGUUAAUCCCAGUAAUCGCCAGCAGAAUAAGUUUGUUGCCGCUUCGAUUCGGUUGCAACUUCCAUGCCGGAUCGGAUGAUUCUGCUUUCCUUUCGAGACUCCUACGAGUACGUGUGAGAUGCAUUUACAUACAUAGUUUUCCUUUCAGUUUCUUUCGGGGGCCAAAACCAAAACCAAACCAAAACAAAACAAACAUACAUAAUGAUAUAAUAUUACGAGAAAAAUCACAAAAAGACACGAAAAAAUGAAAUCACAAAACGAUUGUAACGUGGAACGGAGCGAUGGUUAUGUUUGAGACAUAAGCAGAGGUGUUAAAGUACAAGUUCAGAACAGAGUGUUUAGCAUGUAACAUCAGAUACAGAUAAAGAUAAAGAUUGUUUUACCUAGUCUAAUAACUAAAUGACAGCGCAUUGUUAAAGUUUAUGGAGAAUGUGCCGUUGAAUGGAUACAAAUAUAUAUAUAUAUAUAUACAAAAGCAAACAUAUAUGAGUACGUACAUGUGUAAUUAUUAAUCGAGAACCCAUAUGAGAAGAUGCGGACAGAAACAUUAUAUACAUACACCAAAACUACAUAUAGCUAUACAUUCAUACAUAAAUGUAUGAUCCAUAUAUAUAUAUAUGCAAAAUACCACAAGAAUAAAUGCAAGCAGUAACAUAUGUGGCUGUUAUGUUGAUCUUUGAUGUUGUAGAAACAAAAACUGAAACUAAACCCAAACGGUACGCACUCACAGAUACACAACUACAAGCAGACCGUCAGUCAAAAGAUAAAGAUGUGUAGUAGAUGAUAGAUGUUUAACACACACACACAGAAAACACCGAUGUUUGGGUGCAUAUUUUAUUUCCAUGGCGUUCAAUAUGAUUUCCCGCCUUGGUUCGGUUUUACCAUUUCCAUGUAAUUGAACAGGAAGAUCAUUUAAGUUUGUAAAUAAAAGUUAAAAACGGC